AUGCGCUGGUGGGCGCUGGCGGGUCGCCAAUGGCGGACCCCCCGCGCUCACCGCCUUCCCUGGCGCGAGUCCUCGUCCUCUUCGUUCCUUCGUGACGACCCCGGGGCGUGCCUCUACUCCCUCCUCGGCCUCGACGACCCGAAGGCGACCCGAGCGGAGAUCAAACACGCAUUCAGGUCCAGGGCCAGGGCCCUUCACCCGGACGCCGCGAACGACGACGCGGCCGUCGACGCUUUCGUCCGCGUGGUCGCCGCGUACGAGAUACUCUCGUGCUCGCGUCGGCGCGCCGCGUACGACGCCACGCGACGCGCCGGGGCUUUCACCGGUGACGCGUCAUCGUGGGGAGGCGGUCGCGACGCGUCGUCCUCGUCGUCCUCGUCGUCCUCGCCGCGUCGUCAGUCGCCCUUCGAUGAAUCCGAGACCUUCCGCACCUACGCCGCGUCCAUCGACGCCCUGGUGCCGCGAUGGCGGCUGCGCGACGAGCUGCACGCCGCGCUGGCGCACGUCAUCCACGGCGGGACACAGCUGGACGUCGCCGAGGUGGAAUCCGGCGCGGCGUUCCCGAGGUACUUCGAGGCGGAGGAGCGCGCGGCGAAGGUCACGGCGACGCGCGGGGUGGACCUGAUGCACGUGGUGGCGGGGCGGACGCUACUGGCUGCGGUGAGGGAACGCGUCGACGCGGAGAUCACAGCUGGACGCGGCGAGGGCCGGCGCAUGCUCGAGGGCGACGUCGAAGAGCCGGCGACGACGACGAAGGGGGAGCUCGACGCCUUCGCCAAGGAGGAGGCCGAGAAGGAGGAAAAGAAGGAGGGGGAAGAGGGGAACGACGGCGUGGACGCGAGGCUGGAGCUCGUGGUGGGCGGGAGGAUCGUGGCGACCGCGACGCGGCGGAGGAGGGGCGGCGACGUGACGGUUUUCGACGCGAGGGGACCGACCGCGGAGAACGAGAACGCGGAGAACGAAAAGAAGGAGGCUUCGCUACUCAGGGCGGACGUGAACAACUGGGGCGGGCACCCUCGCGCGGGGACGGCGGUCGCAGGAGACGGUACUACAUCGGACGAAGACGCGUACGCCUCGAGGGGCGCUCGCGGCGAGGCGUUCACCAUCUCCGGCCUACGCGGUUCCUUCGACAGGGCCACGGUUUUUGACGCCGACGGGGCGCCGAGGCACGUGGUCGUCGCGCACGCCACCCCGGGGGUCACCCACCUGCACUGGUUCGACGCGAUCACCGGGGUGUGCGUCGGGAGGGGAACGAGGGCGUGGGUUCCCCCGAGCGACCUCUGGCUCUUCGCGCCGCGAAGCGACGACCACGACGCGGGCGGCUGGUACUUUGAACUUCCCCCGGGUGCCCCAAACAGAGGGGACGAGCCGUUACCGGGGGAACGCGAACCGUCGCGGCGAUUGGAACCGUCGCGGGGGGGUGGACGCGAACCGCCUCAACAGAGGCACGUGUUCGACGAGUUCGUGGAGGACUUCGAGAGGGGCUUAGGGUUCAAGCGAAGGGGCGAGGGGUCGAGCGAGGGGUCAUCUUUGAGUGAGAGGGGUAGGCGACGCGGCGCGCCGUUACCCCCCGCGGCGGCGUUGUUCACCGCGGCGUUCAGACUUCUGGACAGGGAGCGCGGGGAGGACCACGGCGUGGGCGGCGCCGUGCGACGCGCGUGGGCCGGCGUGUUCGGCUCGAGGUACUGA